UCCCGGCCGCGCAGUCAAAGGCUUGUGAGAACCCGGUGGAUGCUGGAUUCAUCCCCGCCGCCGCCACCGCUGCCGCCGCUGCUGAUUCUCAGGGGCUGCCAGAGCAUGGACUAUUAAAAACUUGCAUUUCUGCAGUGUGAGGUAAUAUUUUAACUCCAAUAUGGGAAAGCAAAACAGCAAGCUACGUCCUGAAGUCAUGCAAGAUUUGCUAGAAAGUACAGACUUUACAGAACAUGAGAUCCAGGAGUGGUACAAAGGCUUUUUGAGAGACUGUCCAAGUGGACAUUUAUCUAUGGAGGAGUUUAAAAAAAUAUAUGGAAACUUUUUCCCUUAUGGGGACGCUUCUAAGUUUGCGGAACAUGUAUUCCGCACUUUUGACGCCAAUGGAGACGGAACAAUAGAUUUCAGAGAAUUCAUCAUAGCCUUGAGUGUAACUUCAAGAGGUAAACUGGAGCAGAAGCUGAAGUGGGCAUUCAGUAUGUACGACCUCGAUGGGAAUGGCUACAUCAGCAAGUCAGAGAUGCUGGAAAUCGUGCAGGCAAUCUAUAAGAUGGUUUCGUCUGUAAUGAAGAUGCCAGAAGAUGAGUCAACACCAGAGAAGAGGACAGAGAAGAUCUUCCGUCAGAUGGACACCAACCGUGACGGAAAGCUCUCUCUGGAAGAGUUCAUCCGAGGCGCCAAGAGUGAUCCAUCCAUAGUCCGUCUCCUGCAGUGUGAUCCCAGCAGCGCCGGCCAGUUCUGAACCUAUUCUUUGGAUGAAUUAUGUAUCUGCUUUUUUUUUUCCUUGCCAAACAACAUUCAUGGUAGUGUUGCCUCUGUAUGGCCAAUUAUGCCUUUAUUUGUGGCAUCUUAUAGCUUCUUUUGUUGUGGAUUAAUUAUAAGAAUGCUGAAUUGCUCUUAUCAAUUUGUCCAGGGCAUGGGCAGUACUGUUUUAAACAGAUAUUGUGGUGUUAUCAUUGUUUUAAAAUUUUCAUUUUGGUUUUUUUGUUUGUUCGUUUUAACGUAUCUGUUUUGGAAAGUAUGCGUUGAGGAAGAGUAAACCAACAACAAAACCCUUGGCAGCAAGACACGCUGACAGAUUUUAGAUUGCUGCUUUAGUUGUUAAGUAUUCACCUGCAGGACCUGAAAAGUGUUGUAGAGGCUGAACCAAAGGGGUUGUGACAGGUGGGGUAGGAUUCAGCUAAAACUUGUCCAGGAGGCACCAGUUAACGUCAGACAGGACUGAGAAAAAGUACAAAAGUGCAAAACGUAUGGGGUAUAUUGUCCACUCCUAUACCUCCUUGUUUCAAUGUGAACAUUUUCCAGGUUAUGAAGGAGAAGGGACAAAACAAAGGUUGACAUUUUUUUUGCUAGGUUUACAGUGGUUGAAUUCACAUGGCUUUAUCUGAAAAUUCAGCAAUUUGCAAUCCUGAUCUCCAAAUCCACAACUGACAAUACCUCUUGCCGUUUGGGAUCAGCAAAGGCAGACACAGAUAUGAAAAACUGGGUCUUGACAAUGAAUUUAAGGGAGAUACAUGUUGAAUGUGAAAUUUUUAGGUUAGUAAUAAAGCAGUUGCUACUAAGGAGAGUGGGCAUUCAUGUGAGGAACUCACGGACACCUGCAAGCAUCUCCAGCUGAGGCACAUCUGCUAUUCUGAAUGCUCUUGCAUAGGAGGAAAUUUUUGGAGGUGUUUUUGUCUCUCUCCACAUAGCUAACAGAGUUUCUGGGCCUGCUCUUAGGGAGAGGCUCUCAUCAAAACUUGUUUUAAACAUAAAAUUGUAGCAUUUAUAUUUCAUUUAUUUUAGUAAAGUUCAAAAAAUCUGUACUGAAAUGAGGAAAUGGUACGCUUUAUGAUAUAUUUAUAUAUAUAAAAAUUAAAACAAAAAAAGAUCAGCUCUUGAGAGAAAUGUUGAAUGUUUAUCUUUUCGCCUAGAUGCAGGAGUUCUGAAAUUUGCUGCUGAAAAACUUCCUUUGGUCAAAGUUGCUGUAUGCAAGGCUGGUACACGUAUGUGGGAUUUCUUAGGGACUUUACAAUCACUGUUGCAAUGGAAAAGCUUUAGCAACGGGAGGCAUUAUGCUGAGUAAAUUGGCAUUAACCAAUCAUUGGCUAAAGUCUGCUCUGUGAUCCUGUUGGAGAGGUAUCGAUGCAGGCAGCACACAGUGUUGGGAAUUCAUGAGCUCGUUAGAGUAACCUUUGUCUGACAGGAAAGGUUGGCAUUUUGUCAAGUGACCUUGUAGUUGCUAAUCCCCAGUAGCCUUAAUUUAAAAUAAACUAAGUAAAAUAAGUCUGCUUUACAGAUGAUGAUUAGCUAAGUACUAAUUAGAAGUCAUGAAUAAGUAGUUAUGAAUAAUUUUAUGUGGAACACUAGCUAGCAUGUACAAUAACUGACGGAAACAGUCCUAGACUUGAUUUUUUCAUACCUUUGCUUUGCCAGGUGUGAAGUGCAAAGCAUGUUAAAAGACAAUAAAAAUAAAUUGAAAAUAACAUUGUUAAUUGGUUGUACUAAAAUUAUUAUGAGUGGCUAAUUACACUCAAUAAAUGUCUUCAAGAACACACCUUUAUCUCAAACAAUCACAGAAAUCUGGUUGAUGAUAUAUUCCCCUCACAUUAAUCAAAAUACUGAGCAGAGAUGAGUGGGGGAAAAUGAGAAAGCAAAAGAGGCCCAAACACAGAUGCAAACAGAUUUUAAUACCCAGUGCUUUCAGCUGUUAUGAGCAUCAGUGACAAGUUUUGCACCAAUUCUUAUGGCUGAUGGAAAUGUUCCCUAUCUCUUUCUCCCAAAACUUCAUUAGACAUCCUGUGCACAAAUCUAACCCUUCAAAGGAGAGCCUAUGCCUACUUUCUUCAAGGUAAUUUUCUGCUUUAUCUGGAGAGGCCCUCUCUCCCAUAUCCAUCACCUCAUGGAUAGUAAAAGUUAUGUUCCCCCUUGAGUGCUUUGAGGGUUGUUUUUCAGAAGGAGAAACUUGGCCAGACUGCUGGGGAUUGCUGCAAGAAGGUCAGUGGGCAUGCACUGAUCAACACCCCCCUCUUCCAGACGGGAAUGGCGAGUCCCGCCACCUCAGCUGCUCCUGGGGCGCUCCAUCACCACUCCAGUGUGGGCAGCAGGACAAGGUGACACCAGAGGAUCUCUGCUGAACUUCUAACCUCCCGGCUCAGUGCAGGCACCCACGUCCAAAGCAGCCCAGACCUAUGGAAGCUGGCAUUUACUGAAGGUGAACUCGGAUACCUUCUACGGUUCCAUCUUCUUCUUAAUGCUAUGAAAGCAGUUGCAUGUGACUGAAACUUUUAAAACAUUGCCUUUCAUUUAAGCGAAGGUAUUCCACCUCUUUUUCAUUUUACAGGAUAUUUCCAACCCAGAACCUAAUCUCUCUGUUUGUUUUUGCUCAGAAGUUUUGGAGUUCUGGGGCCAGGAUCAUUUCAUAUGUUACUACCAUGCAACAUGUGUUUGAAAAUACGACCUGCACUAUGACCCCAGGCCAGUGGAGAUGUAACUCUUCCCACAGUUCACAAAAUUUGAAACUAUAAGAAUUAGGCUACAGCUGCAGAGAACAUAGCUGGAGAUAAGAGUAUUGUAUAAAUAUUUGCAGAGUGAAUUAAGGUUAUUCUUCUACCUGACUACCACUGGUUGGUAUUGUUUUAAAUUAUUAACUAUCUCUUCCUUUCUCUGCUUCUACAUGUACUUAAAGAGUGAUCCAUAGCUGGAACUGUGAUAGGAGCAUCCACAGACCUCAAAUCAGCAGGACUGCAGUGGUGUGCUGUGCCUCAGACUGGAAAUUUCUGCUUUGCUGCCAUUUGCAUCUGCAAUCAUAACUGCCUUCAUAAAGCUUUUGAAGGCAAAGUGGCAUAUCCUGCAUAAAAUAGCACAGCAAGUCAGACACUUUUAACUGAUCCUUUAGCACUGUCUUCAUAUAGGAAGGAUGGCAGACAGCACAUAGUGUUUCAUAUCACCUCUCUAUUUUGUAGAUGCAUUCUCCAGUUUUAGUUGCACAUGCAAGAGGCAACCUUCACUCACAUGUUGUCCAAAAGAAUUAACAAGUACAUCCCAUAUGUAGACUGAACCCGUGGAAAAUGCCGGUCCCAUUUAUCCAGUGUUCCCAGUUAGCUUGCCAAACUCUGUGCCAGAAGAUAUGAAGUGAGGACUAUGGCUUGUGAAUUUUGCAGCAGACUGUCUUUGUUUUAGGAUGCUUUGGGAAGGGAAAAGGGUUGGUUUACCCUUGUAAAACCAACACACGUGUUUCUGUGAGCACUUACAGUUUGAGAGGGACUGAAGAAAUAUUUUUGUUUCAACAUUAUUUGAAGCCCUGUCAGUCCACAGCCAUGGAUGUUCCUGAGGUACCCAGAUCUGUGCUGUUCCUCUUACUGUUCUUAGGAGCUUAUAGAAUUUUUCUUAUUGCUGGAGCAUUUUGUCCUUUGUUGUUCUGUGCUAUAAGACCUCCACAUUUUUUGCUGCUUAAAACAGUAAGCCAGAAGUGUGCAAAUUCUGUAACUGGGUGAGGUCUGUGUGCAGCAGUAUGGCACACCAGCAUAAGAGGUGGUCACACACGAUUUAAACACUCCCCCUGGGGGCUGAGCCCCAGGACUUUUCAGCAUGUGCUCUCUUCACUGAUGGCAAAAGUGCAAUAAUGCGGCUUAGCUUAAUUUUCUUUCACUGCAGACCAGGUUAAGUCACAUUACCUUUCAUUUGCUGUGGGCAGAACCUCAUCUCAGCUGACUCAUGGAAACUUGGUGAACGGUGGUAACUUGAUGUUAAGCUCUAAUCUGCAGACUAAACCGAGAUGAGAAGAUGGCCUUGGCCAUACGUCUCAGUACAUGUGAACUAGGGAACACGGUGACAACUGGCAGGUCCCUAGAGGCACGUGGCAGUGAGAAGGGAAUCUCCUGCCUCUGAACAAAUGCCCUGAGCUGAGGUGCCUCCUUCUUUUAAAACUGUCUUUUUUCUCUUAGCACCAGUGGUGAAGAUGCAACAUGAUAGCAAUAUAGCAUGUCAGAAUCAAGGAAGCAUCCUUCAAAAGAGUUUCCUUUUGAAGCUUAGUGUACAAGUGCCAAGUGAAAUGAUCAGAGGGGAGGAGGGCUGGACAAGUCUUCCUGAACACCCACUACACCAGCACCUCCUUUUGUCUCUCUCAUGGUGCUCCCUGUUUCCUGGCAAGGCACUUGGUGCAAGACCGGUGGAGAAGAAUAUUUCACCUACCCUUCACACAAGCAUUUGGAUGCAUUCUUUGCUCUGUGUCUUACUGAGCAGGAUCUCAUGUAGGAGUCUUAAAGUGGGGGAAGUUUGUUUCGUUGGUAUCACAGGCAGAACUUGUGCUUCGAAAUUUGGAGAAACUUGGUAAACAUCAGGCAGCUGAGCAGUGCUCAGGACUGCAUGCAGAGUUUUCCACUGACUGUGCAGUAGGCAGAUAAGAUGCAAGGCAGUGAUACAUCAAACUCGUGGUGUGAUGUGCUCUGAGAUAGGGCUAGACAAAAAAUAGCACCUUCUAUCUGAGCAACUCUGUUGCUGCUUAUUCCAUCAUAGGCACUGACAAAAUACACUCUAAAAUACCUCCAGUGUGAACAUGCAUCUGCAGGAGUAGAAUAACUCUGCUCUUCCUUACAUACAAACAGCAGAGCUGUUCAUUAUGCCCUGGCAGGAGCUGAACAAACAGCUCCUAGGAUGAACAUAGGGCUUUCCCUAAGUGUAACUGAGGGCAAAACAUGGCCUGCAGGAGUUUCCUUCCCAGUCAUGAUAGAAUAGAAUGCUCUGAUUGACUCUCAAAGCCCAGGUGUUAUUUUGCAGGCUGGGGAAGGUGGGAGAACGGCUGUGUUUUAAGCACAGGGGGGAAAAAGCAACAGGGAUUGUAAAUUGUCGUGGAGAGCAGUGACACUAGAAACCAGGACCAGCACUGAGGGGCUGCAGAAGCUGUUAGGUGCCUGUGGCCUUCAGAGCAGUAGAACAAACAGUUGGAUGUAAAGUCAAUAUCCUUGCCCCUUGCAGAGACAAUCCCUGUCUACUAUGGGAAUCUCAGUCAGCAGCACCCCUUAUUCCAGCCUAGCAUUUGCUGCUGUUUCUUCCAAUCAUCCAUACUGAGAAGUUGUUUCAGGGAUGAGGAUUUUCCAUUUCUUAACAAGUAACAGCUGGAAAGGCCAGGCAUGAGGGGCUUCUUGCCACAUACAGGUUUGAUUUCCUUAUUGCUCCCACAGGUCAUGUUAUUUUUAUGUAUAGUUGGGAUUAAGCUAUCACAUGUAAAAUACUGAUUAAUGCAAAAUAAGCAAGACAAAAAGCUUGGGUUAUAGUGAACAAUGCAAAAAGACUACAUAAAGACUACAAAAACUAUAAAAGACAUCACUGCCUUUAGCCCUGCGUUUGAAUUUGCAAGGUGAAAUCCUCUUGGCAGUAGUCAGCACAGAAUAGCUCCUCUGCACCAGCCCAGUCCAUGGGCCCUCCUGGACUGCUUCAUCCCCAUGUCACCAUGUGCUCAGAGUGGGGACUCUGGGUCCUGCCACAGAGAUGGUCAUCGGGGCUUAUUAGGCCUGCUGAGGGCUUCCUAGAUUUCAAAGCACACAACAGCCAUCCUCUCCCUAGUGUUCACUUACUGUGCAGCUGAGACAUGUUUUAGAUCUUCUCCUCUUGCUCUGACCUUAUACCAAAGAUGUUCUCACCUUCCCAGGGCAUGCACUCAGGGUGUCCAGCUCUCCGAGUUUUUGCACCCACCUCCCAGUUGCCAUCCCUAGCUUCUGUAUGAACAAACACCAGCCCUUGACAUCUGGAGGAGCCAAGUUUGAUGCACUUAGAAGGAACAGCUUCUGAUUUGGUUUCCAGCCUUUGAACCACCUGUGUGUACCUUGCCAACUAUGCUAUUUACUUCUCAUUAUUAAGUAACAGCAGUAUUAAACAUUUCAAGAGCACACUGGAACAACAUGUUUUUCAUUAUCAGUAUGUGUUUGUUGAGGCACAGCAGACUGAACCUGACUGGUGCUCAUUCUCUGCUCCCAUGGUUUCUUCCAGGCCGGAGCAGCAUUCUCCUAUGCAUCACCAUUCAGUGUGUAGUGCCCCAAUCCUUCCUGGAGCUCCCAGAUGCUGUGGAUCAAGAGAUAAUUCUGGCAUAGUAAUAUCAUCCAGAAACUCUUCUUGCCAUCUGUCAAAAACAUGUGUUGAGGGUGUGACCUCUGCGUUUCUCCUCCCUGGGGACACGGGUUUCAGGGUUGGCCUCAUGUUUCCCCACCAAACAGGAUGAUGGGAUGAUGGUGAUUAGUAAACCCACCUGAGAAAAUCCUCUUAGAUUCUAAACUUCAUUUGUGCUGCUCAUUGGCUGCACUCAGAGGGAAGAUUAAUGAGUCCAAUGUGGUUGUUUGGGGGAGAACUUGCAGCUACUUGCCACCAUCACUUUUUUAUUUCCUGUCAUUAUCUUGUUCCCAUUUCCAGGGCAACCAAAUAUUUUUUUAUUAGUAUCUGUAAGAAAAAG